GAAAAGACAAAACUUAUAUAUCCAUGUAUAAGUGCUACGCUAUGCGCGCGCCUGUGUGUGUGUGUGUGUUGGUGGGCGCGAGACAAAGUAUGGCGUAGGAUUUGUGGCCUCGUUCAUCGAAGUGCUUCGAGAGUCUGGCAUUGAACGAUAAAAAAGACGACGUCGUGUCGGAUCGUAUAGCAGGAUGAGCGUCGAUGCUUAUGGGCCAAGUAGCCAAACCCUAACGUUCCUUGAUACCGAAGAAGCUGAUUUAAUCGGUGCCGAUACUCAAGGAAGUGAAUUUGAUUUCACAGACUUUACUUUACCAUCGCCAAGCCAGACACAGGCUUCGCAACACGAUGCGGCUCAAAGUCAACCGAGUCAGCCUAUACAGGUUAAUGGAACAAGCGGUAGUUCGUCACUGGACUUAAAAAUUUCUGGAGCUGCUCAAAGCCUUGCUGAACUACAGUUUGAAGAGGAAGAAGAAGAGGCGUAUUAUAACCGUGAUUUACCAGAACAUGCGUGCAAAUAUUGUGGAAUUCAUGAAGCUUCUUGUGUUGUUAUGUGUAACGUAUGUCGUAAAUGGUUCUGCAAUGGACGAGGCAAUACAUCAGGUUCCCACAUUAUCAAUCACCUUGUUCGAGCAAAGCACAAAGAAGUUACAUUGCACAGAGAUGGACCAUUGGGAGAAACUGUAUUAGAAUGUUAUUCCUGUGCAGUUAGAAAUGUAUUUGUUCUUGGUUUUAUACCAGCUAAAGCAGAUUCUGUUGUCGUGUUAUUGUGCCGACAACCUUGUGCAGCCCAAAGCUCCCUCAAAGAUAUGAAUUGGGAUCAAGAACAAUGGAAACCUUUGAUAGAAGAUCGUAGUUUCUUAGCAUGGCUUGUAAAGAUACCAUCAGAACAGGAACAGCUAAGAGCCAGACAAAUCUCUGCCCAGCAGAUUAACAAAUUGGAAGAAUUGUGGCGGGACAACGUCGACGCAACUUUCCAAGAUCUUGAGAAGCCUGGCGUAGAUGAAGAACCACAACAGGUCUUGUUACGUUAUGAGGAUGGGUAUCAAUAUCAGAAUAUAUUUGGCCCGCUCGUAAAGUUAGAAGCCGAUUAUGACAAGCGUUUAAAAGAAUCGCAAACUCAAGAAAAUAUCGAAGUACGGUGGGAUGUAGGUUUGAAUAAAAAGACAAUAGCAUAUUUUAUGUUAGCUAAAACGGAUGGUGACAUGAAAUUAAUGCACGGAGAUGAAUUAAGACUUCGUUAUUUGGGAGAACUUCACAAACCAUGGUCUGGUAUUGGCCAUGUUAUCAAAAUUCCUGACAAUUACGGAGAGGAAGUCGGUAUCGAAUUGAAAAAUAACGCAGGCGCUCCUACGGAGUGCAUCAGUAAUUUUGUCGUCGAUUUCAUUUGGAAAAGCACGAGCUUCGAUCGGAUGCAACUAGCACUACGAAAAUUUGCUGUGGAUGAUACGUCCGUAUCAGCUUAUAUAUAUCAUAGAUUGUUGGGUCACGAAGUAGAAGAAGUUCUAUUUCGUUGUCAUCUUCCGAAACAUUUUAGUGCUCCUAACUUGCCAGAUUUAAAUCGAUCCCAAGUAUACGCUGUGAAACACGCUGUACAACGACCUUUGUCUUUGAUUCAAGGUCCGCCUGGUACAGGAAAAACUGUAACUAGCGCCACAAUAGUUUAUCAGCUAGUAAAACAAAACGGAGGUCCAGUUCUCGUUUGUGCACCUUCUAACACCGCAGUCGAUCAACUUACUGAGAAGGUACAUAAAUCCAACUUAAAGGUCGUACGUCUUUGUGCAAAAUCACGAGAGGCGAUCGAUUCGCCCGUGAGUUUUCUUGCAUUGCACAAUCAAAUAAAAAAUAUGGAAACAAAUACAGAAUUGCAAAAGCUUCAACAAUUGAAAGACGAAACGGGAGAAUUAUCGAGCGUAGAUGAAAAACGUUACAGGCUUUUAAAGAAAGCUGCCGAAAAGGAAUUGUUAGAGGCGGCUGACGUAAUAUGUUGCACUUGCGUUGGCGCGGGUGAUCCGAGACUGCACAGACUAAAAUUUCACUCUAUACUUAUAGACGAGAGUAUGCAAGCGACGGAACCAGAAUGUAUGGUACCUGUCGUCCUCGGUGCUAAGCAAUUAAUUCUCGUCGGAGAUCAUUGUCAAUUAGGACCUGUCGUUAUGUGUAAAAAGGCAGCGAGAGCUGGGCUUUCCCAAUCGCUGUUUGAAAGAUUGGUCGUUCUUGGCAUCAGACCUUUCCGUUUGGAGGUGCAAUAUCGCAUGCAUCCAGAUUUGUCUCGUUUCCCGUCCAACUUCUUUUACGAAGGUUCCCUUCAAAAUGGAGUAUGUGCCGACGAAAGAAAAUUAUUAAAGAUAGAUUUUCCUUGGCCUGCUCCUGACAAACCCAUGUUCUUCUACGUGACUCAAGGUCAAGAAGAAAUCGCUGGUAGCGGUACGUCUUACUUGAACCGUACAGAAGCAUCUAACGUAGAAAAGAUAACAACAAGAUUUUUACGUUGUGGCGUAAAACCAGAACAAAUCGGUGUGAUAACACCUUACGAAGGGCAAAGGGCAUACUUGGUGCAAUACAUGCAAUAUCAAGGUUCGCUGCAUUCUAAACUAUAUCAAGAAAUAGAAGUCGCAAGCGUCGAUGCUUUUCAAGGGCGCGAAAAGGAUAUAAUAAUAAUGUCUUGCGUAAGAUCGAACGAACAUCAGGGUAUAGGGUUUUUAAACGAUCCUAGAAGAUUAAACGUUGCGUUGACUCGUGCAAAAUACGGAAUCAUUAUCGUAGGAAAUCCAAAGGUGCUUUCGAAGCAACCACUUUGGAAUCAUUUGCUGAGCUUUUACAAGGAACAAAAAGUCCUUGUAGAGGGCCCGUUGAACAAUUUGAAAGAAUCUAUGAUACAGUUUGCUAAACCGAAAAAGCUUGUUAAUGCUGCGAAUCCAGGCUCGCACUUUAUGACGACAUCCAUGUACGAUGCCAGAGAAGUUUUGAUUCCUGGCUCGGUAUACGAUCGUUCGGGUACUCAAGUUAACGGCACUCAAAAUCACAAUCCGUAUUAUCAGAGAAACGUGCCUCUGGAUAUUUUCAGUAGAACCCACGACACCAUAAGUUACAUAAGUCCUGAAAGAGCUCAAGCUGCUAUGAAUAACGUACCGGUACCAGUGGGUAUGUUUAUGAACAUGGCCCACGUACCUCCGCGUUUCUACAAUCAGCAUCAACAGGCUUUACAAGCAAGACAGAAUCAACGAAACAGACGUGGCACGGCCGCAUCUAAAAACAAAUCUGGCGCGCGUAUGGGUAAGCUAAGUCAAACCGAACAAAAUACACAACCUUAUAGCCAACCAGGUUUACCGUUGACUCAAGGCACGACUCAAGGUAUGUCGCAACCGGGAUUCAGUCUUUCUCAGCCUGGUUUAAGCCAGGCAGAACUUUCUCAGGAUUCUUUCGCGGUAGGGGAAUUUCAAUCACAAAUGGACGGCUUGCUGUCCCAAGAUUCGACUUAUCAAGGUGAUAGAAGUGGUUUUUAUCAAUCUGGUCAGUCACAAGCCGGGGGACAAUUCUCCCAGCCAUACUGAGCCAAGACCAUACGGCUGAGCAACGCAAUUGCCAUGCAGCGUCGCGGGAGCGACUGAAGGCUCGUUUGACCAAUUCUUCUUCGACCAACAACUCAAAUCACUAACUGCGCAAAACGGUAAAACGGCUCGGCGAUCGAGUAUGGUAUAUGCAUGGAGUCGUCGGCGUAAAAGUGGAUUUAAGGGAGGAAGUCUGUCGCCGUCGUCGUCGUCGUCUUCGUCUUCGUCGUCGUCGUCGUCGUCGUCGUCGUCGUCGUCGUCGUCGUCUUCGUCGUCGUCGUCGUCGUCGUCGUCGUCGCCGUCGCCGUCGCCGUCGCCGUCGUUAACGAUUACUCGUCGAAUGAUGGAAAUGAAUAAUAACCGCUGGUUAUAAUAGUGCGACAAAGAAACAGAAAACAUCUAAAACUGGGAGACGACAACGAAUAUUACCAAUCACCGUGACACGCGUUUACCGUGAACGGACCGUUUUAUCGCGGGGAUCGAGUGACGCUAGGAUUAAAAAGUCAAAAAAAAAUAAAUAAAUAAAAAAAGUAAUAAAAAAAAUGAUAAAAAUAAAAACAGGAGAAAAAAUGGGACGUGUAAAGCUUCAUGACUUGACCAAAUUCGAAAAGUGUGCCAAUAUAAGUUAACAACGUUAUAAAUAACGAUGAAUAUCUCUGAAGAAAACGAUACUGCUAACAUCUUCAAGUAUUUCGAAUCGUAUGGAAAAAGGAAAAAAAAAAAAGAGAAGAAAAAAAGAAAAAAAUAAUAAUAAAUUAUCAUCACGAAAGAACCACAGCAACCGGCGAAGCUAACGAUCCUGCAAGUAAUAACGUUGUAGUAUAUUCAGUUCCUUCAAUUUUCAUAUUGAUAUAUGGGCACGUAUACAGAAAACAAACACGCAUAUACAAAUAUACCUGCAUAGAGUAGACGUACAGACAAUAGUCAAGAGACCAAGGUAAAAGAAAGCAAAUCAGUUAUUACAUCGAGUAUACGCAAGAUGCUUGUAGAAUUAUUUCCAACGAGAGAUACGAAGUUACGAUUUAUCUGGCUUUACUGGUGAGCUGUGAACGAGAUUUGGGAUUUGUCAAAGAACGAUUAUCAUUACUGAAGAAUAUAUGGCACGUAACGACUACCACCAAAUUGUCUUGAUAUCUGGAUCGGCUAGAAUCGCUGAUUUAAUCAUCAUUGGACAGCAUGAAGCCAACACUUCUGUAUCAUCACGAAUGAACGUCAUCCCUUCUCACAAACUCGGCGUGACAUAAAAACAUUAUGCUAACCGCGGGGAAUUCUAUUCCAAUCGUAUCAAUCAAUACGUAUAAUUUUCUGUUAUUUCAAUAUUUAUUUGCCGCAGGGGUCACAGAAUAUUUACACAUGCGAUAUAUCUUCUGUUCGAAUUUUGACUUUUUUUCCUUUAUAAUAAUGCAACACACAAUGUCAUGGCGUAGAAUUCAUCAUAAAUACACCCUAGUACGUAUUGUAUUAUAUAUUAUUUUUGAUUUCUAUUAGUGCUUUAUUUAAGCGGUUUUGAGUAAUUAAAAAAAAAAAAAAUGCAUAAAUAAUUAUAAAAUAAUUAUAGAAAAUUUUUAAUAUUAUUUUCGUUCAUCAUAAUAUAUAAACAUUCUUCAUUUAGCAUUCUAGAUUAUUUUAUUCGUUACGAUAUUUUGAUUAAUAUCAUUUAACUUUUAUUCAUUGUGAUCGGUCAUCUAUUAUUGUUUUUUUCUGAACCCCUGCUUUUCUCUUUCUAUUAUCUAUCUAUGCUCUAGCUUCUGGCAGUAAUGAAUUGGUUAUAUCGCAGUAAGAAAUUAUCUGUAUUAUGCAUUACAAAAUUAUUAUUUUUUUUUUCUCUCCGACCAACAGCGCACCGCUAACUGCAGAUUAUAAUAUGGAAAUUCAUUGUAAACUCUUAUGGUACAAAUAAAUUUGAUUUGAAAAUAUA